AUGUGGCUUUCUAAGAGUAGCAGUAACUUUGGCCACAGCGUUAGCGCUGGAAAUGGGUUGCCUAAGUGCAAGGGAAAUUCCAUUGUGGCAAUAGCAAUAGACAAGGAUAAAAACAGCCAACACGCUCUCAAGUGGGUUGUUGAACAACUUAUCAACCGUGGUCAAUCCGUCGUCCUCAUCCAUGUCCAUAAAAUUUCUGCAACAGGCAACUCCUGGCCUGAUGCUGCAAACAAGCUACAAAAUGAGAAGCAAAUCAGAGACUUGUUCCUCUCUUUCCAUUGUUUCUGUACGCGUAAACAAGUACAAUGCAUUGACGUUGUACUUGAAGAUACCAACGUACCAAAAGCUUUGGCAGAAUAUGCUUCUCAGAACGGAAUAGAGUAUCUGGUGCUAGGCGCGUCAUCGCGGCAUGGUUUCAUCAGAUUUAAGACUUCUGAUGUUCCUAGCCAUGUAAUGAAGGUGGCCCCGGAUUUCUGCACUAUUUAUGUCAUCUCCAAAGGAAAGAUUUCUAGUGCAAAGAAAUCUUUACGGCCUGCCCCAUUUGUUUCUCCGUUGAUUGAGCAAAUCCAAGAGCAAUCUAACACCCCCACCACCGCCAUCCCCACCCCCACCACCAAGACCAACAAUAACAACAGCUUUGCAUCACUUGCACCUAGAAAGAACAGUUUUCAGUUUAGAGGUCUGUCAUGUAACCUGUUGGCAGCUCCAGAAAAGCCACCAGAGAAGCCUCGUCCAGUGCCUGAUGAACUUGAAUCGUUCAUAUCGCCAUUUACUAGACCCGGAAGAGCAGCAAAUGCAAAGCUCAUGUCGCUUGGGGAUCUCCCAGAAUCAGACACUGAUAUAUCAUUUGUAAGUUCUGGAAGGCCAAGCAUUGAUCGCGUGCCUGCUGCUUUCUACAAUGACAUGGACUUGGGCUCACCUUCAUGCUUUUCAACCAGUUCAGAUUACAAUUCCAGUUCUCCCCACUUGAGAUCUUCAUCACAAAAUGUGGAUGAGGGUGACAUGGAAAUGAAAAGGUUAAAGAUGGAACUCAUGAAGAGAAUGGAUUUAUAUAGUAUAGCCUGCAAAGAAGCAGUUACAGCAAGAGAGAAGGCAGGAGAACUCCACCAGUGGCAAAUGGAAGAACAACAUAGAUUGGAGGAAGAAGCCAGGGUGAUUGCAGAGAAAGAAAAAGCCAAGGGCCAGGCAGACAUGGAGAAAGCAGAAGCCGCUAGAAGAAUCGCUGAAUUGGAAUCCCAGAAAAGAGUAGCUGCUGAAAUGCAAGCAUUUAGUACACAUGUCAACAAGGAAGAUUUGGCCAGUGUGCCAGAUAACCAAUUUAAGUACAGAAGAUAUACAAUUGAAGAGAUCGAAGAGGCUACAGAGUUUUUUGCACAAUCUAGAAAGAUCGGCGAAGGUGGUUAUGGUCCUGUGUUUAGAGGCAGUCUCAAUCAUACCCCUGUUGCGAUUAAGGUCUUACGUCCAGACGCUGCACAAGGAAGGUCACAGUUUCAGCAAGAGGUGGAAGUAUUAAGUUGCAUGCGGCAUCCAAAUAUGGUACUACUCCUCGGAGCCUGCCCAGAAUACGGGUGCUUGGUCUAUGAAUACAUGGCUAAUGGUAGCUUAGAAGAUCGCCUACACAGAAGAGGAAACACCCCACCGUUGUCAUGGCAAAUCAGAUUCAAGAUUGCAUCAGAGAUCGCCACUGGAAUCUUGUUUCUCCAUCAGACCAAGCCAGAACCAAUAGUUCAUCGUGACCUGAAGCCCGGCAACAUUCUUCUAGACCAAAACUUCGUGAGCAAGAUAAGUGAUGUUGGUCUAGCCAGGCUGCUCCCUCCUUCAGUAACCGAAGACAUCACUCAGUACCGUAUGACAUCAACGGCUGGGACCUUUUGCUAUAUCGAUCCGGAGUAUCAGCAAACCGGGAUGCUUAGGGUUAAGUCCGAUGUUUACUCUUUAGGGAUCAUGUUAUUGCAGCUGAUUACAGCCAAACCGGCUAUGGGUUUGAGUCAUCAUGUUGAGAACGCUAUUGACGAUGGAACCUUUGGUGAGAUGCUGGACCCAUCGGUGCCUGACUGGCCUCAAGACGAAGCUCUGGGGUUUGCAAAACUAGCAUUGCAAUGCGCUGAGCUAAGGCGGAAAGACAGACCGGAUCUUGGCAAGGUGGUUUUGCCAGAGCUUGUUAGAUUGAGAGAUCUCGGUGAGGAGAGCAUUGCCGCUGCAAGCUGA